AUGGCGUGUGACCCGACCGUUGGCGGCCUUAGGAAAAUCAUCCGCGAAAUCGGGCAGGCAUGGGCCGCCCAGGGACAAACUGUUUCGGAAACUUUGGUGGCGUUCAUGGUGAAAGCUGUUGUUUUAGAUCCAAGAAAUGACUUUAACGUGGACCAAAACCUUACGAAAAAGGAAGAUGUGCAAAAUAUUAUCCAGCUCUGUGUUACCAGGCUGCUUGACACAACAAACCCAUCCCUGAGCACAAUUAAGAUGCAAGUUUACUUUGAUAUGAACUAUGCAAACCGAGUUGAGUUACUCAGCGAGCAGUACCGUAUUCUGGAGAGAAGGCUGGCUCCCCUGGUCAGAGAAAUCGCAGACAGCCGUCCUCGUAUGCAAGAAGAGAUGCAGAAUGUCUAUCACAAGAUCGUUAGUUACGUGCUGCUGCGCUGUGGCCUGGGAUCCCCAGUGGAUAUUCGGGUUGUCAGGGAGGUAACAGCUGCCCUGCAGAGUGUAUUCCCCCAGAGAGAGAUGAUUACUUUCAUCUCACUCAGUAAGCAGAACAAAGAGCAACAGCUGAAAAAUCUUGCCAUGCUAGUCACAGGGAUUCGGCUGUACCACAAGGAAUGUGGGAGAGGAGGAAGCAGCAUUGAUGACUUGCCAGCCAUUCUGAAAGAAGCCAUUCCGUCAGCUACGCAGGCUGUCAACGAAUGUCUCAAUACUUGCCUUACGCGAGCGUACCGGUACACAGCCCUGUUGGAAUCCAUGCAGGAAGACCAACACAGAUACGCACAGCUUCGUUCUUUUAAAUUCAGAGAAGCUUUGUUCAACGUCAGACAGUAUGAGGCCUUCCUUUGCGUCCUGCUGUCUGACGCAGUUACAAGUGCUGAAGAAGUUGCAAAGGUGAACGUGCAGUUUGCAGCAACAAUGGAGCAGUUGAAAAACACAGUGCAGAAUAAGGUUUCCAUAGAUACCAAAGAAGUUUUU